UUUUCAAUUAUAUUAAUAAAUGUCACAACCUUCGUCGCCUGCAGCCGUUUAUAAUACCAGAGUGCAAGUCCGUCAUCGAUCCUCAAAUGCAAGCUCACCACAACGCCCUAACAGCACCUCAGCUGCCGGUGCUGGUGGCUCAAGUUCAACAAUGCUUCGACUGUAUACAGAUGAUGCACCGGGAUUGACAGUGGACCCUGUAUUUGUACUCGUUUUGAGUCUUGGCUUUAUUGGUAGUGUCUUUGCGCUUCAUAUUCUUGCAAAAAUCAUGCAUAAGUUUGCCAGUUGAUUAAAUAUCUUUAAAUUGCACACUUCAUUUUCAAAAAAAGAGAAAUACUCAAAAAACCAUGUAGACAUUCGAUAUCCUGUCAAAUAUGAUACUCAAUCUUUCAUUGAAUACAUUUUUCUAUAUAUAUCGAGCUCAACACUGUCCAGUCCUAGCCUUAGCCCUUUGAUAUAUCAUCCAUAGCUCUCAUUCUGGUAUAAAACUAACAUAAAGCCCUAAGCUUAUUCUUCACCUUCAGGAUAAAAUUGUAUAUAAAAGCCAAAAGUAAAUAUAAAACAGCCAAAUGUAGAUCUAAUACAGAUUCAAUUUGAUUUCUAUUCUUUGAAGUUUCCCGAAAAAACAGACGCUGUUUUCUACAUAUCUUUUGUCGCCUCUAUAUUCACUAUA